AUGGGUUCCAGGACACGCCUCCGGCUUUCCAGCCACUCCCUGAGGUCUCAGGCCCCCUCUUCUGGGUUCUUCCCGGUCGUGGAGUCUCCUCAGACACCGGGCAGCGCAAGUGCCAGCAGCACGACCAGUGCAGCCGCCAUGUUGCUGUCCCUGUUCCGCCGCCAGCCACCGCUGCUGCUGGAAGAACUGCGGCUGUCGCUCUCUGACGCCAGUGCCGCCUCUCGCUCGUCGAGCUCCAGCCCAAGGAGAAGCGGGACCGCCUGCAAAUCGACCGGUGGUAAAGCACCCAGGAAACAACUGGCUACAAAAGCCGCUCGCAAGAGUGCGCCCUCUACUGGAGGAGUGAAGAAACCUCAUCGUUUGGGGCCUGGUACUGUGGCACUCCGUGAAAUUAGACGUUAUCAGAAAUCCACUGAACUUUUGAUUGGCAAACUCCCCUUCCAGCGACUGGUGCGAGAAAUUGCCCAGGACUUCAAAACAGAUCUGCGCUUCCAGAGCGCAGCUAUUGGUGCUUUGCAGGAGACAAGUGAGGCCUAUCUGGUUGGCCUUUUCGAAGACACCAACCAGUGUGCUAUCCGUGUAACAAUUCUGCCAAAAGACAUCCAGCUAGCACGCUGCAUACAUGGAGAACGUGCUUAA